AUGCCUUAUCACUGUGAUAUAUGUGGUGAGAAACCAUACCAGUGUGAUAUCUGCGGUGAAUCGUUCUCCACGAGAGGUAAUUUCACCACCCACAAACGUAUCCACACCGGAGAGAAACCGUAUCACUGUGGUAUAUGCGGCAAGUCAUUCUCUGUAACUAGUAACUUAAAUGCCCACAGAAGCAUUCAUACAGGAGAGAAACCAUAUCAUUGUGGCAUCUGUGUCUCUGCAAACUUAUACAAUAGCACUGAUUAUGCAACAUGUCCAUCACAGUGA